AUGGAAAAUAAAGAGGAUGCUACAAAAGCCGAUCAACGGAUCUCUACCGUCGUGCUCAGCAUCAAUCUAGGCCUUCUUUUGGCGAAGGCUUUCUCAACAUGGCUGACGCACGGCUCCUCGUUGUCCAUCAUUUCGACGCUACUCGAUUCGAUCGUUGACAUCACCAGUGGCGUUGCCGUGUGGUACGCGACCCAUUUGAUCAUCAACACCGACACAUGGCAUUAUCCGCGAGGCCGAGAGAACCUGGAGAAUAUGUCGCUGCUAUUCUUGUCCGGGGUGAUGGGCGUCGCAAACCUUCAAGUCGUCUGGGAUUCUGUGAGGGCCCUAAUCUUCGGAAAGCCGCCGCCUGAUAUCACGCCCGUCUCGCUCCUCAUUCUGCUGUCCACAAUUCUCAUCAAAAUUGUGCUCUUCACCUGGUGCAGCAAACGGAAAUCGAAGAGUGCUGAGAUUUUGGCGACCGAUCAAAGAAAUGAUGUCGUAACCAACAGCGUGGUUAUCGUUGGAGCUGCUUUGUCGGAAUAUGUGGCCCCGGUUGCAGAUCCUAUUACUGCAGCGCUAGUCAGUGGGUACAUCGCAUGGAAUUGGUUUGAGUUGGUGAAAGAACAAAUCUACCAGAUCCUGGAAUCCUUGGAGUUUGUUGACAAGGCUUUCGUCCACCCCGAUCAUUCACUAGAUGGGAAGGACAAG